GUUUGUGGAAAUUUGUUUCCUUACCAGGAAUGUGGUGAAUGUCAACACGUUACAGUGAUUUGUGAAAUAAAUUUAUUACAUUGUAAAGUUAUUACAAUAUUUUAAUAAGUGAUAAUUGGAAAGUGAAGUUUCAUAUAAUUAAAUAUGAACGAAAGUCUGUUGAAAGAAAUACAAUAUCUGACACGAUUAAUAGAAAAUCAUAAAAAAAAGUCGUUGGAUACAUUAUGUUGUGUGGAAAAAGAUAUUACAAAUCAAAAUUUAAAUUUAGCACAGACAGAAAAGUAUGCAAGUGCACUUUAUAAAUCUCAAUUGUCCAAAAUUUCUAAUAACAUUUCAGGCAACGAAUUGACUAGUACCAAUGUAUACAUUAAUCCAAACUUUAAACCUCAAAAUUCUGCUAUACACAUUAAUCCAAAACUCCGUAUGAAAUCUUUGGUUCAUAUUAAUCCAAAAAUGAUGAAUAAUGUCAUAAAAUCUAAUGAAAGUGUACAAUGCAAUUUGGUAAACAAAACAGCAAAUGCUAAACAAAGUCCUGUGCAAAAUUCUAUAAAAAAAUCGGUACAUGUUAAUCCAAAAUUAAUGAAAAAACUAUCUUCCUCUAUACAACCGAAACCAGAGGAGCAUAAGAAAAUAGUAAUACAAAAUAUCACACAUCCAGUGUGUUCAAGAUUAAAAUUUGUUAAAAGUACAAAUUCUCCAAAGGCUACUCAAAGUCAAAAAAAAGUUAGCAAUAAUAACAUUUUAAUUUUAUCGCGUAGAAAACUUAUACGUGUGAAACGAGGAUCAAGAAAAUCAUUAAAUACUUCUCAAAUAGAACUUUGUAAAAUUAAGAAGUCUUCGACUUCAUUGGUAAAAGCUGUGAAACCAAUAUCUCAAAAAGUUGUAAGAACAAAAUUAUCAAAUGCUUCACAGCAGUUGAUAAAUAGGAAUUUUACUCUAAUAAAAUCAUCAAUGGUGAAACCUAAAAUAAACAAGUAUAGAAUUGAUAGAACCAUACCAAAAGCAAACAACAAAGAAUAUGUAGGCAUUAAUCGAAAAAAGGCUGUGAAUAAUAAAAUGCAAUUAGUAACAAUUGGAGGAAUUGUUUAUAAAUCUUCUAAAAAUCAGUUAGUACGUAAUAGUUAUGGAGUAAAAAAAAAACGAACAUUAAAUUUAAAAGCUGAUAAAUUUGUUAUUACUACUAAUGGAAAAAAAUUACGUAGAAUAAAAUCUGCAAAAGAAAUGUCAGAAAAUCCUAAUAUGAAAGCAUUUUAUACAAAUAAAUUUAAAUUGUCAUCUAACAUAUCAAAAACAAAUUAUAAAACCAAUAUAAGCAAUAAAGUCAAACAAAAAAGUAUACAGAUAUUGCGUAAUAAAAUGCAAAAAAAUAAUCAACCCUGUUUGAUAUUUCAAAGAUUUGGAUACUGUUCAAAUCAUACAAAGGGAACUUGCAUAAAACGCCAUGACAAAAAACAAAUUUCUCUCUGUAAAAAGUUCCUUCAAGGAAAUUGUUUACUUGACAAGUGUCCACUAUCUCAUGAUGUGGGUCCUGAAAAAAUGCCAACUUGUAAAUACUUUUUAGAAGGUUGCUGUACACGAGACGCCUGUCCUUACCGCCAUGUCAAAGUUUCGUCCAAUACUCCAAUUUGUAUUGAAUUUUUACAAGGAUACUGUGCCAAAGGUAGUGAUUGUAAACAACGGCAUGAAAAUUUGUGUCCCGAAUUUGAGAAAACCAACAAGUGCAGCAAAGCAAACACUGCGUAUUUCUCCAGCAGUAUGAAGAUGGCGUUCAAAUCUCCUGAAGACUAAAUUUGCGCCAAACGCUUUGCGCGCUUUUCCAAAAAGGAGAUUUUCUUUCAUAAUAAUAAUACUAAUUUUUAAAAAGUAAACAUAUAUGUGUUUAAGUAAAUAUUGUUAUAUACAUUACUUUUAUAUCUGUAUUUUGACUGCCAUUUUGUGAUUCAAAAUAUUUGUAUUUGUUAUUUGUACUUAGUGCCAUGCGAUUUGAAUUUGGCGCCAUAUAAAUUGAACUAAUACGAUGCAAUUUGAAUUUGGCGCCAUACAAAUUGAACUAAUACGAUGUGAUUUGAAUUUGGCGCCAUAUAUUUAAACCUUUUUUUCCACGUCCGUUUGUUUGGAAAAAAUAUUCAAAACCUUACGGAAGAAUUUAUUUUAUUUAUAGAUACACUUCCGAAAUCACAGAAAUUUAAAAAGAAUUGUUGUUCAUAUGGUCCAUUGUUAACAAAGUCUACAAAAUAUUUAAAAAUAAUUUCAAAUACUACUUUCGAACAGUAAAAGUCUGUUAACAAAUAGCGAGGCACUUGAAAAGAACCUUACAAAAAAUGGUCUGAAAACAUGGCUCACAAGUAGCUGCGAAUUUGUUAUUUUUUGCAUUGAUUUAAAAGUGAUAUACGUGUGGAGUUGAAUUUUCUUUCCUCUUACUUCAUGCACAGUAUAAUAUAUAUACAAUAUGUAACAAAUAACGUUACAUAACAGAAUGUCUAAACAGGUUUAUUUUUUAAUAAAUUGACAAAUUAUAAAUGUUAUGGUAAUAUAUUACCAUUGCUAAAAACAGAAAGACUAACAAUUGCUUUUU